UGACCUAAGUCUACAUAAAUUUAUCUGAUGCCUCAUUCUUUCACGAUCAACGUCUUCGACAACACGAAACGCGGCUGAAACAAACGCACUGGUCUGGCUUUGAGAUUCACACAGAUUCAGUACAGCACAGAAAAAGUACUGCUCCAGUGAGGGUAAAGAUGCCCUACCCACCCACCCAGUGACCUCAAGAGGCAUCAACAACAUUCCCAUUCAACAUGAACAGCUCAGAGAUCACCGUCCCAUCUCUCUGGGCCUUUUCGAUCAACUCCAGCUCCGUCCUCUACCCACUCAACGCCACAGAGACCAAGCCAAAAGCAUGCGAGCAACUCCACAUCGCCACCGAGGUGUUCCUCAUCCUCGGCAUCAUCAGUCUUCUGGAGAACAUCUUGGUCAUCUGCGCCAUUGUGAAAAACAAGAACUUGCACUCGCCCAUGUACUUCUUCGUCUGCAGCUUGGCUGUGGCCGACAUGCUGGUGAGCGUCUCCAACGCCUGGGAAACCAUCGUCAUCUACUUGCUCAACAACCAACAGCUGGUGGUCGAAGAUCAUUUCAUCAGACAGAUGGACAAUGUCUUUGACUCCAUGAUCUGCAUCUCGGUGGUGGCUUCUAUGUGCAGCCUUCUUGCUAUAGCCGUCGAUCGCUACGUCACAAUUUUCUACGCUUUGCGAUACCACAACAUAAUGACGGUGCGACGGGCCGCCCUCAUCAUCGGAGGAAUCUGGACCUUCUGCACUGGCUGCGGCAUCGUCUUCAUAAUCUACUCGGACAACACGUCUGUCAUCGUGUGCUUGAUCUCCAUGUUCUUUAUCAUGUUAGCGCUCAUGGCUUCUCUUUACAGCCACAUGUUCAUGUUGGCCCGCUCUCACGUCAAGCGCAUCGCCGCCCUGCCGGGCUACAACUCCAUUCACCAGCGGGCCAGCAUGAAGGCAGCGGUCACCCUAACCAUUCUCCUGGGUAUCUUCAUCGUCUGCUGGGCUCCAUUCUUUCUCCACCUCAUCCUCAUGAUCUCCUGUCCCCGGAACCUCUACUGCACGUGCUUCAUGUCUCAUUUCAACAUGUACCUAAUCCUCAUCAUGUGCAACUCCGUCAUUGACCCGCUGAUUUACGCUUUUAGAAGCCAGGAGAUGCGGAAAACCCUCAAGGAAAUUAUCUGCUGCUACAGCCUGAGGAACGUCUUUGAAAUGUCCAGGUAACAUCCAACCAGGAAUGAAAUGAGAGAUGGGUGGACAAAAGAACUUCAAAAGUCAUUUCAUAAAAUAUGAAUGCCCCCCAGCCUGGCUGAUCUAGAUGGAAAAUAUUAUUUUUACAUUUGAAGACACAUGAUGUUGUUAAUGUAAAAUGAGGACAAACAAAUGUUAACUCUCCAAUGGAAGAUAGAGGUCACCAUAUCUGACGAGACAAAAGUGUAUAUGAAGGUUAUAUUUAGCAUAUUGUUGGUGAAUUAAGAAAGGCUGAGGACUUAAGAACCAUAUAAUCAUCAACAAUAGAAUUUAUUUCAGUCUUUCCAGGGACACCGUUUAUUGUACAAAUAAUAAAUUCAUGUCAAAUUGACAGCUUGUUUACAAAAGAUCACAACUCUGAGAUGGGAUGAUGUCUAUGGAAAGAAGUUUGAUUUAAAUAACAGCCCUCUCUUGUGUUAAAACACUAUAAUAUAUACACACUUUGUCAUCUAGACUGAACACAGAGAACAGUGUGCAUUUAUAAUAAGGACAGACCAAAUGUUACUAAAUUACCGUCAUACUCUUUGUGAUAUGUUUUUGAAGGCCCCAGAGAAAGACAUUGAAAGAUUGUGGGUAGAAAAACGAGCAGUUUCCCUGGAUCUUGAAAGACAAAUGGCUUUUGAGAAAAAAAAUGUCCACGUACGGUAUAUACUUGUAUAAUGUGUAUGUAUACAUGUAGCUACAAAGAAUAUACUUAAAGAUCGCGUAUCACAGGCGGUUUCUGCCAAUCUCAUAUUAAUCUUGAGCACUUAUACAGUAGUACUGCAUUUGUUGUAUCUUCGAAGAGUAUUUAGUUUAAUCAAAUUUAUAAAAGAGAGAUACAGCUGACGGAGACUGGCAACUAAUAGGAAUAGGAUCCAUUUGACGACACAAGGAUCCAGAACUAUAAAAAAAUCUGAAACAAGUUGGAGUGCUGGGGGAGUGUAACAAGUACAAAAAUACUAUGUCAUACGUCCAACUUAAUUUGACCAUGUUAAGCCUGAGAAGCAACACGUUUAUCAGUGUGAAGAGGUCAGAAUGCAUGACAUAGCAUGAUACCCGGUCUUUAAAUAUCUAUGCUUUUUUUAUUUAUUUUCUGGAAUGACACAAAAUACUUUCUCUCAAGAGACAGAAAUUAAAACUGUGGUUCUGCCUAAGUAUGCCUUGCAACAAAAUCAAAUCAAACAGUUAUUAGUAUAGUGUUAAUGUAACAUCUAUUGCAAGCUUUUUAAAUUGUCUAUGUUGAUGGUUUGUAUGGUACUGCUGAAUGUAAAACUUGGAAAGUGUGGAGUUAUUGUUGUUUUGAUGUACAGUAUUUAUUAGCCUUCAAGUAUGAUAUAAUCAUUGCAUAAAAAGACCAGUGGAUCUCAUUCACAAAAAAGUACAUGCAGAAUUCACCAAGUAGGGGAUCCUUGUUGGUCCUGGAACAUCAUUACAACCAACCAAGCAACCAAACCAACCAGCCAACCAAUCAUCAAAUGUUUAAAAUUUCCAUCUUUCUAAGGUCUCUAAUUUUAGUGUGAGUUAGUUUUAUCCUUAAUUAGAAAAACACGGCACACACAUCACCUUGAAAUGGGUGCUCAGGCAAAAACGAAUCAAAUGAAGAAUAUAUACAAAGUCGCCACACCAACACGCCACAAAUCUAAAAAAAAAAUGUAAUCGACUUUCACAAAGCAUGUUACGUUUCUCGUUUUAUGUGCCGUGUGAAUGGUUGACCCCUGAUGAAGAGCAUGUGUACGCGAAACAUCAGUGUCUUUGUGAAAGUCAGUUAUAUUUAUAUUAUAUUUAUUUAUGCAUUAAGUGGAUGCAUUUAUCCAUUUACAUUUACAAUUAUGCAUUUGGCAGACGCUUUUAUCCAGAGCGACUUACAUUGCAGUAACCUAUACAUUUAUACUUAGGUGUGUGCAAUCCCCUGGGAUCGAACCCACAACGUCAACACAAUGCUAUUACCACUGAGCUACAGGAAACCUCAGUUUAUCCAAAGUCACUUAGACUGCAUUGUACUAUACAUUUGUUUCGGAUUUUAUGCAAUCCCCUGUGAUCAAACCCAUGACCUUGGCAUGCUUGCACCAUGGUCUAACCACUGAGCCACAGGAAAGAGCAAAAGAUUAUUCGAAAGUUUUGGAUUUUUGGUGUGCCGACUUGUAUUUACAUUUACAUUUAUUCAUUUGGCAGACGCUUUUAUCCAAAGUUACUUACAAGUAGGGUGCAGUGGGCAGCUAUCAUUGCAGAGCAAACAGGGGUAAGGUGCCUUGCUCAAGGGCACUUCAGUCAUUUCCUGGUGGCACUGAGAAUUGAAUCAGCGACCUUCUGGCUAGAAGUCCAACUCUAUGACCACUAGACCACAACUGUAUUGUUUAUGUUCUUCAUCUGAUUAGUUGGAACUUAUCAAUCAAUGAAAAUGAAAGACAUCAGCAGAUGGGUUAUAUGCUAUAUAUAUUUGUACAGUAUAUAUAUGUACAGUGUCUACAAUAGUGAAAUUACACUACCCUAUAAACCACAAAAGGUGCAUUAAUCAUUUCUAUUGUGCAAACUAGUUUUCAAAUACAAUCUACUAGAAUUUGCUUUAGUAAUUCGCUAGUCAACUUUUAUAUACUGUAUGCACUCUUGUGUAAGACUAACAUCUCAAUCGUUUCGUUUACAAUAAUUGGUAAGACUGUAAAUAUAAGCUUCAGCAACUAUCAUUCAGUGUGACCCAUCAACUUCAUUUUCCAACUUGAUUUCAUUUUUAUAUCUUGUUCACUUCUCUCAGGUUCAGUUCAGUUGAAAUCCUUUUUCGUCAGCUCAAACCCAUAAUAUCCUUCUUAUAUGAUGGUAAUAACGGAAUGUGCCUUCAAUAUGUUUUGUGCUAUCAAAAUGACCUGGAGGUUGUCUGAUCUCGUCUCAUUCACUCAGCGGAACAUCAACUGCUCAGGUGCUCAGCUGUGUUUGCUCUCAGCAGAGAAUCAAUGAAUAUCUCUCUGUAAAUGCCUCAUUCGUCCGACAAAAAGAAAACAGCUUAAAAGCCUCAUUCCUUACAAAAUAAUUAGCUCUUUAGCACUUCACAGAAAUAGACAAUUAUAAGUACAGUAUUUCUGUAUACCGAACAUCUCAUCUUGUUUAGCCCAUGCUGCCAAUUUUAGAGACAAUAACAAAUGCAGUCUUGAAGGCUUGUUUUCACCCGUUCUCAAAGUGUUGACAGUUUGACUUCAAGAUUGGAGUCAACUGCAGCACACUGCACU